UCCAACACACACACACACACACACACAGUCAAAGAUACAAGGGGAUCUCGGCAAAGCGUCUUCACUAUAAGAGUGUCUCUCUUCAGGGGAAUCAUGACUCUGAGAGGACUCGUUUUGUGCCUCGUCUUGUGGAGUUGCGUGAGCAGCAGACGCGUAGAAAUGCCUGAUGAUGACACCGUGUUUGACCUGUUCGAGCUCACUCAUGUCCACAAGAAGCAUCACGGGGUGAGUUUAGUGAAGGGACCCGAUCCAAACAGCCCCGCGUACAAGAUCCUGAACCCGAACCUGAUCCCCUCAAUGCCCGAGCUCUCCUUCAGGGACCUGAUCUACUCCAUCCAGAGCGAGAGAGGCUUCAUCUUCACCGCCAACCUCAAGCAAGCCAAGCGCACCAGAGGCAGCCUGGUCUCCGUGGAGAGGACAGACGGCACCGGAUCCGUCUUUGAGAUCAUCUCCAACGGGAAAGCCAACACCGUGGAUCUGGUGUUCUGGACCGCGAGCGGGCAGCAUGUGGUGUCCAUUGAGGACGUGGACGUGGCGAACGGACACUGGAAGAACAUCACGGUGUUUGUGCAGGAGGAUCGAGCUCAGGUCCAUGUGGGCUGCGAGGAGAUCAACACUCAAGAACUGGAUGCUCCGAUCCAGCAGAUCCUGAAUCAGGAGAGCGCGGACAUCUCGAGCCUGAGGAUCGCCAAAGGAGCCGCCAAAUCCGAUCGCUUCAUGGUAAGAAUCUGGGUUUUGUUUAUGUUUGAUGUAUCAGAGCUGCAUGAUUGUUGUGGUAUUAUAUUAGUUAUCUGUGGUACUAUCGUGCUAUCCGUUGUGUUAUAUUAUCAUUUGAUGCGUAUUUUCGUCCUCUAACGAGACGUUUGGAAACGCGUAAAG